UACAAAGUGAUUAGAGGCAGCAACAAUGGCCGCAUUGUUCAAUAAUCUAUCCGGUUGUUCCACCCUCUCUCUCAAAGUAUCACGCGUCUGCAAUGGCGAGCUCGGCGGUAAUUGGGUGGAGGAUUCUGUUUGCUCUGUUGGGCUGUACAAUGGUUGCAACUCUCGCAUAUACAACCGCCAUUGAUGGCUCUCCUUUCCGCAGAGAACUUCUUUCACGGUUAAUGGUGACAGCUUUAAUUGAUUUUUAUUUCAAUGUCAUAGCUAUUGCGGCAUGGGUUUCCUACAAGGAAUCGAACUGGAUUGCUGCAACAAUUUGGAUAGUUUUUCUUGUAUGUUUUGGCAGCAUUGCUACUUGUGCCUACAUUCUUUGGCAGUUGUGGCAAUUAUCAUCUCAGGAAUCCUUUGAAGAUAUUAUGUACCAUGUUCUGAUCAAGAAUCCAAACAAGAACGGCAUGCAGCAGCACAGGAAGCACUCCGAUAUUAUGAUUGCAAAAAUAGUUUUUGGUGCUUUGGGUUGUUUGAUGGCGGUAAUCAUGGCCUAUCUUUUCAGCGAUGGUUCCCCUUUUCGCAAGGAGCUUUAUACACCCUGGAUGGUGGCUACACUGGUCGACUUCUAUAUUAAUGGCACAGCUUUAUCAGUCUGGAUGUUCUAUAAAGAAGAAUCGUGGCUUACUGCAAUCUUUAUAGCCCUAUUCAUAAUUUUUGGGAGCGCCUCUUCAUUUCCCUUCAUUGUUAAGGAGCUGUUCAAGCUCAACUCCGAAGAUCCAGCAUACCUUGUUUUAUUCAAAAGUCCCAACAGGUCAGAAGUAAGGUAUAAGAGAACAUCAUCCUCAUAACUCAUAAGCUGCAAAAGGAAGUUAAGAGUGCUUCAGCUCAUUCUGGGAACAGUUGACGAAUGUUCUCACCAAAUGAACCACUCAUCUUUUGUUUUCUGUAAAUUAAAAACUUGAUCUGUUGUCUCUACUACCUAAGGCUGUGUUGCCAUGCAAGUUAAUAGCUUGGAAUUCUCUUAGGAAAUUUGUGCCAUUUCUUGAAAGUGAGCUUUGUAUUAUGUGUAACAAAAGUUUGUGAAAUUUUACUUUCUUUUCUGUUUAUAUGGGCAAGUAAGUUUAUUUGCUUACUUGCUUUAUCAUGUGAUAA